GAGCUUUUUUUUGAAAACUAAAGUGAUCAGAGCCAGUGGGAGUGAGAGUAAAGUGGAUCAGAAGGAGAAGUCAGACAGCUUCAGCAGCAUUGAAGGAGCAGCGUGGCCAGGAUGCGGCUGGAGAGUGCAGCCAGUGCUGUGCUGGGAUUUAUACUGUGCCUGUCCUUAGCUGCCAGUCAACUUGCAGAGAAAGAUGCUCCGGCUGAGCCUGCCAAGGAGAGUAGAGUGAGCAGAGCUAAGAGGAGAGGUGGCAAUGUGGGGGCAGGACAUGAUGUGCUAAAAGGGCCCAAUGUGUGCGGAUCUCGUUACAAUGUCUACUGUUGCCCUGGAUGGAAAACCUUACCGGGAGGAAAUCAGUGCAUUGUUCCUAUAUGUCGGCAUUCUUGUGGAGAUGGAUUCUGUUCCCGGCCAAAUAUGUGCACCUGUCCAACUGGUCAAACAGCUCCAUCAUGUGGUUCCAAGUCAGUCCAGCAGUGCAACAUCAGAUGUAUGAAUGGGGGAACGUGCAACGAAGACCAUUGCCUUUGUCAAAAGGGAUACAUUGGAACACAUUGCGGCCAGCCUGUCUGUGAACAUGGAUGUCUCAACGGCGGGCGAUGUGUGGCUCCAAAUCGCUGCGCCUGCACAUAUGGGUUUACUGGACCUCAGUGUGAAAGGGAUUACAGGACAGGACCAUGUUUUUCCAUUGUGAGCAAUCAAAUGUGCCAAGGCCAGUUGAGCGGGAUAGUGUGUACCAAAUCGUUGUGUUGUGCCACGGUCGGAAGAGCUUGGGGCCAUCCUUGUGAAAUGUGUCCUGCUCAGCCGCAUCCUUGCCGUCGUGGCUUCAUUCCAAACAUCAGAACAGGAGCGUGUCAAGAUGUGGACGAAUGCCAGGCAAUCCCUGGUUUGUGCCAAGGAGGAAAUUGCAUUAACACCGUGGGAUCUUUCGAGUGCAAAUGCCCAGCUGGACACAAGUUUAAUGAAAUAACACAAAAAUGUGAAGAUAUCGAUGAAUGUAGCACAAUUCCCGGGAUCUGCGAAUUAGGUGAAUGUGGUAACACUGUUGGCAGUUACUUCUGUAAGUGUCCUCCGGGAUUUUAUUCACCUCCGGAUGGAUCAAGAUGCAUUGAUACACGCCUUGGGUUUUGCUUCGGUUCAUUAACCAAUGGAAGGUGCACAAACCAAUUUCCUCAACCUCUACCCAAAAUUCAAUGCUGCUGUGAUAAAGGACGAUGCUGGUCAGUAGCAGCAACCACAACACCUGAUAUGUGCCCAAUCCGUGGAACAGAUGAAUAUCGCAAACUCUGUGCAGCAGUAUUACCAGGACAACCACUAGGACCAGGACCUGAAAUCAUUCCCAUAGGUCCAGUUUUCCCUCCAAUUGGUCCAGUUGGUCCACCUAUAUACCCUCCUAUUAUUCCUGGGGGACCUACACCCAGACCUUUACCUGUGGUCUUGCCUUUCAAUGUGACACAGCAAGUAACAGAUUACUGUGCAGUUUAUCGGAACCUGUGUUUACAUGGCCGCUGUAUCCCUACUCCUGGGAGCUAUCGAUGUGAGUGUAACAAAGGAUUCCACCUGGAUAACAGAGGAGAAUGCGUCGAUGUUGACGAGUGUGAAAGAAGUCCAUGCCUUCAUGGUGAUUGCGUUAACACCCCAGGUUCCUACAUCUGCCAAUGUAAACCUGGAUUUCAGAGCACCUCCACCCGGACGGAAUGCAGAGACAUCGAUGAAUGUUUACAGAACGGCAGGAUCUGUAACAACGGGCGCUGUGUGAAUACAGAUGGAAGCUUUCACUGCGUGUGCAAUGCUGGUUUUCAUGUUGCUCCUGAUGGAAAGAAUUGUCAAGAUAUGGAUGAAUGCAGUGUGAAGAACAUGUGUUUAAAUGGAAUGUGCAUUAACGAAGAUGGAAGUUUUAAAUGUAUCUGCAAACCUGGAUUCCAGCUGGCACCGAACGGACGAUAUUGCACAGACAUUGAUGAGUGUGAGACAGCUGGAAUCUGCAUGAAUGGCCAUUGUGUCAACACUGAUGGUUCCUUCCGAUGUGAAUGUUUCCCUGGGCUUGCUGUCGGGCUUGAUGGACGUGUGUGUGUAGACACUCACAUAAGAAGUACGUGCUAUGGUGGCUACAAGAGAGGUCAAUGUGUCCGACCAUUGCAAGGGGCUGUUACCAAGUCUGAGUGCUGUUGCGCCAAUUUAGAAUAUGGUUUUGGAGAGCCGUGCCAACCCUGCCCGGCACAGAAUUCAGAGGAGUAUCAUGCUUUGUGUAGCAGUGGCCCUGGAAUUACGUCCGGAGGAACUGAUAUCGAUGAAUGUGAGAUGGACCCUGAUAUAUGCCAGAAUGGGAUUUGUGAAAACCUUCGUGGAACUUACAAAUGCAUCUGUAACCCAGGAUAUGAUGUGGACUAUACUGGAAAACGCUGCAAUGAUAUUGAUGAAUGUGCGUUAAACGUAUUGCUCUGUGACAAUGGACAAUGUCGCAACACCCCAGGAAGUUUUUCUUGUACAUGCCCAAAAGGAUACGUCUACAAACCUGACCUUAAAACUUGUGAAGAUAUUGAUGAAUGCGAGUCCAGCCCUUGCAUUAAUGGGGUGUGCAAAAAUAUCCGUGGCUCUUUCGUGUGUGAGUGUCCCAUCGGAAGUACUUUGGACACAACAAAGACCAUUUGUAUAGAAACCGUGAAAGGAACCUGUUGGCAGCAUACAAUAAACGGAAGAUGUGAAAUCAACAUAAAUGGGGGAACUCUGAGAUCUCAGUGUUGUUCAACAUUAGGAGCCGCCUGGGGCAGUCCAUGUACCCCUUGUGAACAUGAUCAUGUGUGUGCAAAAGGCUUUGCAAGAACUAGAGGCACUGUAUGUGAAGAUGUUAAUGAGUGCGAUGUGUUUCCUGGAUUGUGUAUUAAUGCAAAGUGUGUUAAUACAAUGGGAUCCUUUGUCUGUCAAUGCCCCGAUGGGAUGACGCUUGACUCCACUGGACGCACAUGUAUUGAUAUCCGUUUGGAGGUUUGCUACCUGAAACAUGAGGAUGAAGAAUGUACUCAUGCUAUUGCUGGAAGACAUCGGCUCGAUGCAUGUUGUUGCUCGGUUGGAGCUGCUUGGGGCCCUCACUGUGAUGAAUGCCCGACGAAAGGAACACCAGAAUUUGAAACUCUAUGUCCCAGAGGGCCAGGUUACUCAACCAAGGAGAUUACACCAGGGAAAACCUUCUCCAAGGACAUCAAUGAGUGUAAAAUGAUCCCGAGUCUUUGCAAAUAUGGUAAAUGCAAGAACACUAUUGGCAGUUUCAAGUGUAGGUGCGAUAACGGGUUUGCACUUGAUGCAGAGGAGAGAAACUGCACAGACAUUGACGAGUGCAGAAUAUCCCCCGAUGUUUGUGGCCAAGGCAACUGUGUCAAUACUCCCGGAGACUUUGAGUGCGACUGCUUCGAAGGAUAUGAAAGUGGAUUUAUGAUGAUGAAGAAUUGCAUGGAUAUUGAUGAAUGUGAACGGAAUCCCCUUUUGUGCAGAGGCGGUAUCUGCAUAAACACAGAAGGGAGCUUUAGCUGUGAAUGCCCCCCUGGACAUGAAGUGGCUCCUGAUAAUUCGGCUUGUCUAGAUAUCAAUGAAUGUGAACUUGGCCCUUUCCUCUGUGAACAUGGGCGAUGUAUCAAUCUGAUUGGUAGAUACCAAUGUGCCUGUGAUCCUGGAUACAAGCUAUCAGAUGAUAAGUUGUCUUGCGUUGAUAUCGACGAGUGCCAGGUUUUCAACGGUGGAUGUGACAAUUUCUGCACCAACUCAGAAGGAAGCUAUGAGUGCAGUUGCCGAGAAGGCUUUGCUCUACUACCAGAUCAAAGAACCUGUACUGACAUUGAUGAGUGUGAAAACAAUCCUAAUAUCUGUGAUGGAGGACAAUGUACCAAUAUCCCGGGAGAAUACAGAUGUCUUUGCUUCGAUGGUUACAUGGCAUCAGAUGAUAUGAAGACUUGUCUUGAUGUGGAUGAGUGUGAACUCCAUCUUAAUAUUUGUCUCAGUGGAAGUUGCGAGAACACCAAAGGAUCAUUCAUCUGUCACUGCGACCCUGGUUACUCAGGCAAGAAAGGAGUUACUGGAUGCACAGAUAUCAAUGAAUGCGAGAUAGGAGCCCAUAACUGUGAUCGACAUGCCAUGUGCACCAACACCCCAGGAAGCUUUAAAUGUGCCUGUAGCCCAGGAUGGGUUGGGAAUGGAGUGAAAUGCACAGAUCUUGAUGAAUGCUCAAAUGGAACGCAUUUAUGUAGUCCGCAUGCAGACUGUAAGAAUACAAUGGGAUCAUACCGGUGCCUGUGCAAAGAGGGGUACACUGGGACUGGAUUAGAAUGCACAGAUAUUGAUGAGUGCUCCGAAAACUUGAAUUUAUGUGGCAAUGGACAGUGUCUGAACUCUCCUGGAGGAUACCGUUGUGAUUGCGACAUGGGUUUCUUACCAAGCGUUGAUGGAAAAGUUUGUGAAGAUAUUGAUGAGUGCAUUCUCCCCAACAUCUGUGUUUAUGGAACUUGCAAAAAUUUGCCGGGGUUGUUCAGAUGUGAUUGUGACCCUGGAUAUGAGCUGGACAGAAGCGGAGGCAAUUGCACGGAUGUGGAUGAGUGUGCCGAUCUAACAGUAUGCAUCAGUGGCACUUGUGAAAACACACCAGGCAGCUACAACUGUGAAUGUCCUCCAGAUUUCGAACUUAACCCAACCCGGGUUGGAUGUGUUGAUACCAGGUCUGGCAGUUGCUAUUUGGAAACAAAACCUCGGGGAGAUAACGGAGAGUUGUCCUGCAGCACCGAAGUAGGAAUUGGUGUUUCAAAGGCUUCGUGUUGUUGCUCUCUUGGGCUCAAAGGGUGGGGAAACCCUUGUGAACUUUGUCCUUCAGUGAACUCAAGUGAAUAUAAAACCUUGUGUCCUGGAGGUGAAGGUUUCAGGCCAAAUCCGAUCACCAUUAUUUUGGAAGAUAUUGACGAAUGUCUCGAGUUACCUGGACUUUGCCAGGGUGGAAAGUGUAUCAAUACGUUUGGAAGUUUUGAGUGCCGCUGUCCUGUUGGCUAUUACCUUAAUGAACAAACACGUGUUUGUGAUGAUGUUAAUGAAUGUGAACAACCUGGUAUCUGUGGGCCUGGAACCUGUUUCAACACGGUUGGAAAUUACACGUGCAUAUGCCCACCUGACUACAUGCAAGUUAAUGGAGGAAAUAAUUGUAUGGAUAUGAGAAGGAGUUUAUGUUCCAGAAACUAUUAUGCUGACAAUCAAACCUGCGAUGGAGAAUUGCUCUAUAACAUGACAAAGAAGAUGUGUUGUUGCUCAUACAAUAUUGGCCGUGCCUGGAACAAACCGUGUGAAGUGUGUCCUUUGCCAAAUACAGAUGACUUUUCAAGUCUUUGCGGAAGUACUAGACCGGGCUUUGUGAUCGAUAUUUACACUGGGCUUCCAGUAGAUAUUGAUGAAUGCAGAGAAAUUCCUGGUGUCUGCGAGAAUGGAGUUUGUAUAAAUUUGGUAGGAAGCUUUAAAUGUGAAUGCCCAAUGGGAUUUGUUUACAAUGACAAGCUGCUAAUCUGUGAAGAUAUUGAUGAAUGUCAGAAUGGGCCAGUAUGUCAAAGGAAUGCGGACUGUGUUAACACACCAGGCAGCUACCGUUGUGACUGCAAACCAGGAUACAAAUUCACAUCAACCGGGCAAUGCGUCGAUCGAAACGAGUGCCAGGAAAUUCCCAACUUGUGCAGUCACGGAGAAUGUAAAGACAAAACCGGUGGAUAUUAUUGUGUUUGCCACAAUGGAUUUAAAACCAAUGAGGAUCAGACGAUGUGUAUGGAUAUUAACGAGUGUGACAGAGAUCCUUGUGGAAACGGAACGUGCCGAAACACCAUUGGUUCUUACAACUGCAGAUGCCACGAUGGGUUCAUUCUAUCACACAAUAAUGACUGUAUAGAUAUCGAUGAAUGUGUCACACUGAAUGGCCAGCUAUGUAGAAAUGGACAGUGUCUCAAUGUUAUUGGGAGUUUCCAGUGUAUCUGCAAUGAAGGCUACGAGAUGGCAUCAGACGGGAGAACAUGCUUGGAUAUCAACGAAUGCUCCCGCGAUCCCGGGAAAUGUGCUCCUGGCACUUGUCAAAAUCUGGAUGGCUCAUACCGUUGCAUCUGUCCUCCUGGUUAUGUCUUGAAGAAUGAAACAUGUGAAGACAUUGAUGACUGUGCAGAGUUUCCAGACAUCUGUGCCCUGGGCACUUGCACUAAUACACCAGGCAGUUUUGCCUGUCUGUGUCCGGAGGGAUUUGUAUUGUCAUCAUCUGGAAGGAGAUGCCAAGAUCAGAGAAUGGGCUUCUGUUUCACGAAAUUUGAAGAAGGUCAAUGUACUGCACCCAAAGCUCGAAAUCACUCUAAGCAAGAGUGUUGCUGUGCCUUACGAGAAACUGGCUGGGGGUCCCCGUGUGAAAUAUGCCCAACAGAAGGGGAUGAUGCAUUCCGUCAGAUCUGUCCCUAUGGAAGUGGUGUGGUUAUUGGACCUGAGGAUGAACGAAUUGACAUGGAUGAAUGUACCGAUCCUGACAAAUGCAAAAAUGGACAGUGUAUCAACACAGAUGGGUCUUAUCGGUGUGAAUGCUCCUUUGGCUACACACUUAUAGGAGAUGAAUGCACAGAUGUUGAUGAAUGCUCUGUUGGAAACCCAUGUGGGAAUGGAACCUGUAAGAAUAUCAUUGGUGGAUUUGAAUGUACUUGUGAGGAAGGCUUUGAGCCAGGACCAAUGAUGUCAUGUGAAGAUGUUAACGAGUGUGCACAGAACCCACUCUUGUGUGCGUUCCGUUGCGUCAACACAUACGGAUCUUAUGAAUGUAAGUGUCCAGCUGGUUAUGUCCUGCGAGAAGACAAAAGAAUGUGCAAGGAUCAGGAUGAGUGUGAAGAUGGAAUCCAUGACUGUGAAUCCAAACAGAUGACCUGUAAAAAUCUAAUCGGAACAUAUAUGUGCAUAUGUGGACCAGGAUAUCAACGUAGAUUAGAUGGCGAAGGAUGUAUGGAUUUGAAUGAAUGCCAGAAACCUGGUCUAUGUGAAAAUGGAAGAUGUGUGAACACUGUAGGAAGCUACAAAUGUGAAUGCUCUGAUGGCUUCAAUACAAGUUCUACAGAAACAGAAUGUCUCGACAACAGAUUGGGAUAUUGCUUCACUGACGUUUUACAUACCAUGUGCCAAAUGGGAUCAUCCACCAGGAACUCAGUCACUAAGUCGGAAUGUUGUUGCAGUUCCGGCAGAGGUUGGAGUGUAAAUUGCGAGAUUUGCCCCUUCCAAGGCACACUUCAAUACAGAAAACUGUGCCCUUAUGGAAAAGGAUUCACAACCGGCGGAGAAGAUAUUGAUGAGUGUGAUGUUCUUUAUGGCAUCUGUCGCAAUGGACAAUGUGUCAACGAACGAGGGGCUUAUAAAUGUCACUGCAACCCAGGCUACACUCAGGAUAUAACUGGAACCUCUUGUAUAGAUAUUGAUGAAUGCAAUCAGUCUCCUAAGCCGUGCAACUUCAUCUGCAAAAACACAGAUGGAAGCUUCCAGUGUUCUUGUCCUCGAGGUUACAUUCUGCAGGAAGAUGGAAGAAGCUGCAAAGAUCUAGAUGAAUGUGCAACUAAGCAGCACAAUUGCCAAUUUAUUUGUGUUAACACCAUGGGUGGAUUUACCUGUAAGUGCCCCCCUGGAUUCACACAGCAUCACAGUGCUUGCAUUGACAACAAUGAAUGUGCUUCAGAAGCUAACCUUUGUGGGGCAAAAGGCGUUUGCCAAAAUACUCCAGGAAGCUAUUCAUGUGACUGCCAGCGUGGGUUUAGUUUGGAUCCUAGUGGAGCCUGUGAAGAUAUUGAUGAAUGUGAUGGAAGUCAUCGCUGUCAACAUGGAUGCCAGAACAUCAUGGGAGGGUAUAGGUGUGGCUGUCCACAAGGCUACCUUCAACAUUAUCAGUGGAACCAGUGUGUUGAUGAAAAUGAGUGCAUGAAUAGUCAGGCGUGUGGAGGAGCCUCCUGCCACAACACAUUGGGCAGCUUCAAGUGUAUCUGUCCAACAGGAUUUCACUUUGAGCAGUUUGCUGGUGCUUGCCAGGAUGUCAAUGAGUGCAGUUCUUCCCAAGCUCCCUGCAGCUAUGGAUGCUCCAACACUGAAGGCGGCUAUCUGUGCGGCUGUCCUCCUGGCUACUUCCGAGUAGGACAAGGACAUUGUGUUACGGGAGCAGGAUUCAGCAGAGCCCAAGAUCUUGCGGUCAGUGGGGAAAUAGAUGACAAUUCUCUUUCCCCGGAAGCUUGCUACGACUGUAAAAUCAACGGUUAUCCCAAACGAGGCAGGAAACGGAGGAGCACAAACAGCACAGCUUCAGAUGAUGAAGAGGAGCAACUGGAAGCCCCGGUUAGUCUUGCAAGUUGGGAUAUUGAGAAAACGGUUAUCCUUGCUUUCAACACAUCUCACCUGAAUAUAAGAGAACGAAUUCUGGAACUCACCCCUGCCCUCACCACAUUAACAAAUCACAACAGAUAUAUAAUAGACUCUGGAAAUGAAGAUGGCCUCUUUAGGAUCAAUCAAAAGGAAGGAGUUAGCUACCUUCACCUGGCCAAGAAGAAACCUCAAGCAGGUGUUUACUCCCUACAGAUUAGCAGUGUUCCUCUCUAUAAGGAGAAAGAGCUUAUCCAGCUUGAAGACAGACAUGACAGAGACUACCUCAGUGGUGAACUGGGUGACAUUCUUAAAAUGAAGAUAAAAAUUCUACUCCAUUAAUUCACCGGACAAAGACCAACGAAAUGAAACCAAAGAUCGAUAGGUAGACAUGAAUGUUUUCCCCUCACUGAUUUCCCAUAGGAUAGGUACAAAUCCUCAUAAAUAUUUUUCUAUGAAUUUAAAAAAGCACUUUCUUCUCAUGACAUAUGCAAGGUACAGGACCAAUACCCCAGCUCAAUACAACCACUGUCUCAGGCUUCUUAUAUAGUAUGUAACUGAGCUGCCUUGAUAUGCUCAAUACAAUGAAUUUAAACUUGGGAACACUUCAUUGGACGUUGACCAUUGAUGCUGAUACAUCCAAUCCUUUCAGCAGAGGUACAUGCAUUUACGCUCCUGAUGGACUUCUCCGGUUUAUUUGCUUUUCCACCUACAUCUUCUUUAAGACCUUUAUGAUAACAUUUUUGGUGCUAGUAAUUUUUUUUAUUUUUUUUUAAAGAUUUUUUAUAAAUGCACUGUAAUAUUUACACACAUUAAAAGCCAACCAUUACUCAGUCUUUCAUUUACAAAAAGAACACAACCAAAGUUAGCUCUAGUUUAUCUCAGUUAUCGUUUGAUAUGUCAUGUAAAUGACGUGUGUGUAUACUGUAUCCAUGCAAUUAUUUAUCCUUGAAGCAUUUGUUAAACUAGUUGAGAACUCUUAAACUGAAGGGUUUUUGAUGGUGCUUAUAAAUACCAACUACUUGUUAAAUGUAUACACAAACCUAGUGGUGCAAUUUUUAUAGCUAGGUUAACGCACUGAGGUCGUUUGACCAUACAGGUUUAUCAGAUACAGUUUCAGUGCCACCCACAAAAUAUGACAUGCAUUGCACAUGAAGAGUACCCAGAGUCGUUUUAACAAAAGGCUCUGUGUCAUAAAUGUCACAUUUUAAAACAAUGUUUGUAAUAUUUAAUUCCUUUAUUUUCUGGAUCAACCCAAUGUAGUUCGGUUACAACAUGCUUACUGUUAUUGUACAAUAAACUAUUACUGUAUAUGUAGUGUGAACAUUGAUGGAUAGGAGGAAGAGCAAGACUUUCUUGUUAUGUCCUGUGGUACUCAAUUUUCCAUACGUAAGAAAAAAACAACAACUUGUCUUUCAUAUGUGUAAAGCAGUAACAAUCCAAUAAAUCUACAAAAUAAAUCAGCAGCCAAUUUUACUGCUGUGAAUGUUUAAACGAAAA